AUGAGGAUUGACCAAAUGGCUGACAAUAUAUGGUCCUGGUGGUCACCUACGGAGAAGAUAAAGCCAAAACUGAAGACAACAAGGAAUGAUGUAAUGUUUUUAGAGGAACGAAACAAACAGAUUCACCAAGUGAUCAUUGAUGUGCCAGCAGCAGGAGCACAAGAAAAAGAAGAAUUUCAGGAAGAGACACAUAUUCCGGCACAAGCACAAGAUAAAGAAGAAUUUCAGGGAGAUAAUGAACGAGAAAUUCCAUUUGCUCUAUGGGAUGUGACGGCUACGAUUUACACAGAGGAAGCAGAACAGAUUAAGGAGAAAGAAGUUUGGGAACGACUUGACAUAGCGUUAAUCUGCCGUGCCCGCAUGAAGAUGUCAGCUGCAGGACAAGUAGGAGAAAGGCUUCCCAAGGCCAAUAUCUCAAAGCAGCUAUACGGGUCAGCUGCAAUGCUUGCAUUACUGAUAGAUCGUCGUCAUCAGGCCAGACAAGGUAUGCAAGCUCAGGCAGGCCAUGAAGAGGCCUUGGUAAAAUGUCAAGUUCAACAUGAGAACACAAAGCUUGUGGCGAAACAGUCUCUACACUUCAACCUUGAGGACAAGGUUAAAUUCAAAGGCGGGAGUAUUGUUAGGAGCAGUGGUUAA